AUGCACUGGACGAGAAUGACAACCUACAAAAUAACGCCCGCCAUAUUUCCAGACGACAAACAAGCUGUCACAGAUCUAUUCACCGCAUACACCACCGCCCUCGGCAUCGAUCUUACAUUCCAAGACUACCAGACCGAACUGGACACAUUACCUGGAAAAUACUCCCCCAAACAAGGAGGAUGUCUACUCGUCGCUCGCGAUGAAACCAAUCCCCAUACACUGGUUGGCUGCGUCGCUUACCGCGCCCUUCCUCCCUCCACCAUCAUCAUCAACAACAACAAUGGCAUAGAAGAGAAGAAAUACUGCGAAAUGAAAAGAUUAUACCUCACUCCAUCCGCCCGCGGCACCGGCCUCGGCACAAAACUCGUCGAAGCAAUCAUCGCGCACGCCAGAGCUUCGGGUGUAUACAAAGGGAUGAGACUUGAUACAUUACCGAAUAUGGAGAGUGCGAGGGCGUUGUAUAUAAAGUUUGGGUUUGGGGAGGUUGGGAGGUAUUACGAGACGCCGGUUGAGGGGACGAUAUUUAUGGGGUUGGAAUUCUAA